AUGAGUUCCUGCAGAACCCACAUUUGCACAAUCUCUUUCUUCUCUCCACUUCCCCUGAUCCUAUCCACCAUCCUUGGCUAUGGAUUCUCAGCUCACAUCUUCCUCGUUGCACUAGCACUCCUGCUUUUCCCCAGAUUGAAACUUGGCACACCACAACAUACCCCGAUUCUAGUGAAAGCCCUAGUUCAGGAAACCCUAGAAUCCGAAGCUAUUCAGCAGGAAAAAUCAAAGCAACAGGAAGAGGAAGAGGAAGAGGAAGAGGAAGAAGCAAGGAGGAGAGAGCUGACCGAUGGCGAGUGCAAAGGGAGGCUGUCGUCGACGAGCGAGGAAUCGGAGGUGGACUACUGGCCGUUUCAGGGGAACAUGUUCCAGACCCCGGAUUUCUUGGACGGAGGAUACAUCUCCGACGAGGAGAGCUUGAUCGAGAUUGCGCUUCCCGGCGGGGAAUUCGUCAUCCGAUCAAGCUGCAAAGACCACCACCGUCAAUUCGCGAUUGCAAGCUCGUUCUGCAAGCAGAGCUUGAUGAUCGAAGAGGACAACUUGAUCGAGAUAGACCUUUCGAUGGGCUCAAUUAAGUGCCCUACUAGGUUCGAGAUACAAGCUUAA